UUUUUUUUACCUUCAUUCAAAAAUAUUCUCACACAAAGAAAAAAAAAAGCAAUGGAAUUAAACGGACGUUGGUUUACAGACACAAAGACAAAGCAAACGCUACUUUUUAAAGGCGUGAAUGUAGGAGGAGGAACCAAGUUACCAGUAGGCAUAUCUUCUCAUGACCGACAAGGUUAUUGGGUUGAUUACGAUCGACACAUUUCGUUUGUAGGAAGACCCUUUCCUCUCGAAGAAGCCGAUGAGCAUUUACAAAGACUGGUUAACUUGGGUUUUGACUUGCUUCGAUUUAUCAUUACUUGGGAAGCGGUGGAACACGAGGGACCUGGUAUCUAUGAUGAAGCUUAUCUUGAUUAUGUUGUUCAGAUUUUAAAGAAAUGUCAGGAGUAUCAAUUACGUGUGUAUAUUGAUCCACAUCAAGAUAGCUGGUCUCGUCAUUGUGGUGGAAGUGGUCAUCCGGGAUGGACCCUCACUUUAGCUGGAUUAAACCCACUUGCGUUCCCAGACACCAACGCUGCCAUUGUUCACAAUCUGUACCCUGAACCAUCCGAUUUCCCCAAAAUGAUUUGGAACACCAAUUAUCAAAAGCUCGCAGCUUCCACACUAUUCACAUUAUUUUUUGCAGGAAAGACAUUUGCACCUCAAUGCAAGGUCAAUGGGAUACAUGUACAAGACUAUUUACAGCAACAUUAUUAUGAUUGUUUUAAAAGAGUGGCAACAAAGAUUCAUGAACAGGGAUUGGAAAAUACGGUGGUCAUCGGGUAUGACACCAUGAACGAACCAGGUCAUGGUUACCUAGGCAACCCAGAUAUCACGCAUCUUUCCACCAACGACACGGAUUUUAAAAUGGGGUUAAUGCCUACCGCUUUUCAAGGCAUGUUAUUGGGUUCGGGGAUACCUACCACGGUGGAAAACUGGGAGUUCAAAUGGAACGGACCUAAAAAAACCGGUAAAAUCUUGGUAGAUCCACAAGGUACUGUUGCUUGGUUGGAUCAGACCCAAUUAGAUGCAGCCUGUCUUACGUUUGGUUGGAAACGAGAGUGGCCUGCAGGCUGUAUUUGGGCUUUACAUGGUGUUUGGGAUAAAUCCACCCACAAGGUUUUAUUGCCUCAUUAUUUCGCUACAGAGCCAAAGUUGGGGACCCCCACGGAAUAUAUGCCGUAUUGGAUCGAUUAUUUGAUGACAUAUGCUGAGUGUAUUCGAAGUGUACAUUGGGAUGCCAUUAUGUUUGUACAAUCGCCCAUCUUGGCUAUUCCGCCCAAAUUACCUGCUUCUCUUAAACGAUUAGUGUAUGCACCUCAUUGGUAUGAUGGUUUGACAUUGGUGAAAAAGAAGUGGUGUAACUACAAUGUAGAUUUCAUUAAUUUACAACGAGGCAAAUAUGGUACUGGCCCACUUCGCUUUGUGCGUGCUUUAAGACUCGGGGAGAAAUCGAUUCGACAAUGUUUCGUGGACCAAUUAAAGACGAUGAAGGGGGAGGGGCUAGAGCAAAUUGGUGAAUAUCCUUGUAUCCUGGGAGAAAUUGGAAUACCUUAUGAUAUGGAGGUCAGCACGUCUAGUAUUUGGAAUUGGUGUGCCUCAUUUUUCACAAGUAGCGAAAAUAUAUCCAUUGGAGAUCCUAAUUCUUCUCAAACCAGAGCCAUGGAUGCCAGUAUCAAUGCACUGGAACAAAACUUGCUAAAUUACUCAUUAUGGACGUAUAUGCCUGAUAAUAGUGCGCAGUGGGGCGAUGAAUGGAACGGUGAAGAUCUUAGUAUUUGGCAAUAUUCAUUUGACAGGCUGUCGAAUGUUCGUGAUAUCCCUAGUUUGCAUCGUCCUCAUCCUCGCAUUACAUCUGGUAUUCCCUCCAAAAUCGACUUUGUGUCACCUUCCACUAGUACACCCGCCUCAUUCCAAUACACCAUGCAGCACGAUAUCCAUGCCGAGGGACCCACUGAAAUCUAUGUUCCCUCUUGCCAUUUCCCUCCUUCCUCUGUCGACGUCACUGUUACAGAUGGAACUUGGGAAAUGGAGCUAAUUAAUGAGGCUUAUUGGGUACUGCGUUGGUCUAUGGAGAUGCAUGGUGAAGCAACCUUAAUUUUAAAGGGUAUUACUUUUGUCCAACAAUAAAAAACGCACAUUUUUUUAUUUUU